UCGAGGAAUUUUGUCGCCAUCAGUGAAUUGCGAAGGUCUUGCAAUCGUAGCAAACCAUUAAAAUACACACCUAGCUCAAUCCUAUGUGGUGCACUCCCCAAAGCUCAAUCGACGGCCGAGUGAGCAUAAUUUUCAAGGUUUCGGUAACUGUGUCAGUGAAGUAGAAGGGAAGACGAAGAAUUAUUUGUUCCUUUUUCGGGAGAUUUUUUUCCCAUGAUGUGUGAUGUCAAGGAGUUGGCGUAGUGGUUGAGAAUUUUUCCAGUGCAUUUAUCACGACCCAGUAGUGCGGAAGGAAAGUGAAAAGUGCUGGCCCGGAUAGGGUUGAGUAUAAUAAAGUUACGUGCGGAAAAGAAGGAAAAUCGAUUCGGAAAAGCAACGACAUCAGUCUGCUUGCGGUUUUCAUUGGAUUACUGCAGUAACGAACGUUUGCUGAAGAGGAAGCCACAUCAAUUGGCCGCCUUCCGAGUGAAUAUCAAACAGAGCAGACUCUCGGAGAGUCAAUAUCCGUCCGCCAGUGGAACCGCAUUCCCCAGAAAGGAGCAACGUAUUAAAAAGACCGCGCCUGUCCAGGGGCAGUAAGUGUGCGACAGAUGGCCGGCUUUGCGUCCCAGGCGGCCCUCCGCUCCAAGUGGGGCGACCUGGUCGACAGUGGAUCGACCAGCAUCGAAACGUCAGAGGUGUCGCAAGGGCUCAAAAAUGUCGUCGGAUGGAUCAAACAGGCAUCGGUGGAAGUGAGAGAAGCCGGCAAGCGAGCUGUAACACAACUCCAGUCUACCACCACACCCCACCUGAGGCACCUCAAUCCGGGCAGCUUGAUCAAACAGGGCAUCCACGUGAAUGAACGGACCGCAGACGAGGACAGGAUGAACAGCACUUCCAGCAACGAUAUCCACAGCAAUCUGACGAUCCUGCACUACAACGAUGUGUACAACAUUGAUGCGACCUGUAAGCAGGAACCGAUCGGUGGGGCAGCCCGAUUUUGUACGGCCGUCAAAACGUUCACGCAUCUGAACCCGCUGGUGUUAUUCAGCGGAGAUGCUUUUUCGCCCAGCAUGUUGAGUACCUUCACACGUGGCGAGCAAAUGGUUCCGGUUUUGAAUUCUGUUGGAACUCAUUGUGCCGUUUUCGGCAACCAUGAUUUCGAUCACGGUUUGGACGUUCUGGCUGAAUGGGUUACGAAGACCACAUUCCCUUGGUUAAUGUCCAACGUGGUGGAUAAUGAAACGGGACGUCCGCUGGGUGGUGGGAAGAUCACACAUAUUCUUCAUCACAAUGACGUCAAAAUUGGUCUUAUUGGACUGGUGGAGAAGGAAUGGCUCGACACACUGCCCACGAUUGAUCCCAACGAGGUGACUUACAUAGAUUUCAUUAAAGCCGGCAACCAGUUGGCGGACGAACUGCACAAUCAAGGAUGUGAUAUAAUCAUUGCGUUGACGCAUAUGAGGACUCCGAACGAUAUUGAACUUGCCAAGCACAGUGGUCAUAUUGAUCUGAUUCUCGGAGGGCACGACCACGUGUUCGAAAUACUCAACAUUGAAGAUACUUUUGUGAUCAAGUCCGGUACCGAUUUUCGGCAGUUCUCAAGGAUCGGAAUUAACACCGAACGGAAUGAGAGCGGCAAAAUUAGCAUCACGGUUGAAAAGGUUGAUGUAAACUCCACGAAGUACAACGAAGAUCCAGAACUGAGGGAAGAGCUGAAGAAGUACUCGGAAACGAUCGAGUCUAAGAUGGACGAAAUCCUGGGUGUCUUCCACGUUGAGUUGGACGGUCGAUUCGCCUCAAUCCGUACAUCGGAGACAAACUUAGGUAACUGGAUAUGUGAUGUAGCGCUGGCCGCAACCGGAGCAGAUGCGGUCAUGAUCAACUCAGGAACAUUCCGAUCCGACCAGAUUCACCAAGCAGGACCGUUCACAAUGCGUGACCUGGUGAACAUUAUUCCCAUGCAGGAUCCGCUUAUAGUGUUAGAAGUUACUGGUAAAGUAUUACACGAUGCAUUGGAGAAUUCAGUGUCCACCUACCCGAAGCUGGAAGGUCGUUUUCCACAAAUAGCCGGUAUGUCAUUUGCAUUUGAUCCAUCACAACCACCUGGGCGACGGGUGGAAUCGAAGCUUGUGAGGAUUGGUGACGAGUGGCUCAAGCUCGAGCAAACGUACACACUGUGUGUAAAAAGUUACAUCUUUGGAGGCUGCGAUGGAUACACAAUGUUCAAAGGAUGUAAGGUGCUAAUGGACGAUGAUGCGGCACCGGAACUGGGAUUGGCGAUUCAAAACCACUUCAAGGCGAUCGAUGUCCGGAUGGGGAAGACACAUCACACCAAGCAUAGGCAAUCUUUGGUAACGUUAUCACGGCGGCACAGUAUGGUGCAAAUGUUGGAGAAUCUGGAGCUUGACGGACCUACUCCGAUCCGGCGGAAAUCAACGAUUACCCAACCGAUGCGACAUGCAAGCAUGGAGCAUGUUAACCGAGGAAAAUUACAUCGUCGUGCUUCGCUGGACGAUUUGGAGCAAAAUAGUUGCCAGCUCUCACCAUCCAUCCAACAUCGGAUAGUUGCGGUGCAGAAUCAAGAUCACAUCCGCGAGAUGAUUUUACGACGGGAGACAAUUGAAGCAAAUUCAGUCAUCAAAGAAACCGACGAGCUGACUCCAGUAAAUAUGAACGGAUUCUACGACUACAAUGGAACUUCCCAGAACUAAGUAAUUCGCCAUUUCCUCCCUCCUAUGUCCCCCAAUCGACGACAGAAGAUUUUUAUUUCAGUUCCUGUAUCUGUGUGCCUCGAAACAUCUUCCCAUUGAACUAUUGCGUUUAAGUUUUGCUUUCCUAAUUUAAUAGUUUAGACAACGCAAUCUUUGUACAUAGCCUAACACAUUUUCCUAAUGUAUUGUUAAAGUUAUAUAUUUAAUAGAAAUAAAUUUCUGGUGACAGUUUAAUGUCGCCAUGUUGUGUAUUCCCGUUUCGAAUCUAUACUCAAAAAGAUAUUUUGAAAAAUAUUCAAAAUUAUUCAUCAGUUUAACCGCAAGUGUUAUCAGAAGUGAAUCGUUAUGCUCUUUAAUAGUCUAUCAAUAACCAGUUUAACAACUUGUUCCCAUAAUAAUGCAACAUUACUCAGAAACAUCCCCAAUCCACUAGAUAUGUGUUAAUUAACAAUACAAAGUAAACGUUCAUGAAUAAUGUCACGCAUUGAUUGAGGAUUGAAUUUUUGCGCAACGAAAUUGAUGAACGAUUUCUACACUCAACUUUGAUACGAAAACAGUCAAACUAACUAUAGGUCCGUACUGAUUCAGUGUAUAGCAUAACUAGGAAGAACAAUACCAGAGUGAACAUAAAACUGAACAAUUUCGUGUGAUCCGUGUAACGUGAGCUUGUGGGAAAUAUCGAUGAUGAUAUUUGUUGAGUGAAAUGCCUCUACAGGUACAGAAGACGAGUACAGUUUACUCUUCCAAUAAUGCCCCCACUUUUAAUGUAAGACUACUACAUUUCAAUAUAGGUCAAAAUACAAAUGCAGUCAACCCUCCUUGAUCCAUUUAAAUAAACUCCCUGAGUCGAUCUUGACGGUCGAAGGCGCCAUCAUAAUAACCCUUUUUGCAAUAUGGCAUGCUUCCUUGAGUCGGUAUCGAGCCAUAGAACAUCGACUCAUGGAGGGUCCACUGUAUACAAAUAAAAUGUUUUUAUCAAUGGAAUAGUAUAAACUUGUGAUGUAAAUUUGGCUACAGCAACUACAGUUCCGUAUGCGGCGCAAAAGCCCCAUUAGACUAGGAAAAAUGUCAAAGACAGGAGGGUACGUAGGACAAUGUAUGAGAGCCCACUCAACGCAGGCAUAGCUUUUGUGUAUCAUCUUGGAGAUGUAUGAGAGAAAGAAAAUAAAUAUUAAUUUUAA